AUGAUUCGUGGAGUGCGCCCAGCUGAUGGGUUUGCGAAAACAACCGAGUCGACCAGUACUUUCAAGCUAUCUGAUCUGCAGUCGUGUCGGAAGUAUGUGGCCUUCCUGACCCUCGUUUACUUCAUUAUGGUCCUCACUCAAGUCUGCAACUUGUUGUUUAUGACAUUUGCCGACCGAAAACCGACAGUGGAAGAUUUUUGCUCAACGCGAUAUCCGGAAUACCUAGCAUCAAAGAACUGUACAUCAACAGGAACAUGCUGGGUUGUCAUCAACGGAACUAAAACUAACUGCGCUUCAAGAUAUUACGACUUCAUACCAAUACGAAACGAUGUAUGUUCGGAAUGA